AUGUCUUUUGCAGAAAAUUUAGAUGAUUUUGAAAUUAGAGAUGAUGAUGUCUUCGUAGUCACAUAUCCCAAAUCUGGAACCAGCUGGUGUCAGCAGAUAUUAAGCUUGAUUUAUUUUGAGGAACAUCGCACAAGAACAGAAAAUGUGGAAACAAAUCAUCGUGUCCCGUUUCUUGAAUACUUCUUUAGAGAUAUAGAUUUUGGCAAAACACCAUCUCCUCGUCUCUUUGCUACCCACCUCCCACAUUACUUGGUUCCAAGAGGGCUGAAGGACAAAAACGCCAAAAUUAUAUACAUAUACAGAAACCCUAAGGAUGUUAUGUGCUCAUAUUUCUAUUUUUUAAACACGUAUCCAGCAUUUAAAGCUGCGGACACCAUUGAGGCAUUUAUGAAACAAUUUUUGGAAGGGAAAGUGAUAGGAAGCACUUGGUUUGACCAUAUCAGAGGUUGGUAUGAGCACAGAAACAACUUCAAUAUUCAGUUCAUGAUGUACGAAGAGAUGAAGAAGGAUCUCAGAAGUUCUGUGUUAAAACUCUGCAAAUUUCUGGGUGAAGAUCUGAGUGAGGAGGCCGUGGAUGCCGUGGUGAGACAGGCCACAUUCGAGAACAUGAAGGAUGACCCGCUAGCAAACAAUGAAAAUUCACUCUCCAGGAACUUUGGGUCAAAACUAAGAGAAGGCCAUUUCCUUCGCAAAGGUACCAUUGGAGACUGGAAAUAUCACAUGACCAUAGAGCAGAAUGAAAGAUUUGACAACAUUUUCCAAAAGCAGAUGAAAGACUUUCCAUUGCAGUUCAUCUGGGAUGUAAAUGAAACACAGAAUUAA